UGGAUGCAGCUUCACACAAACGCCAUCCUCACUUCCCCGCAGCUGGUCCGAGUUUAGCGUACCCUGCAUGUAGCUGCACAACCGACUGUUCUGCAGAGACCGAAGUGUGCUUCAUGCUGCACAACGCUAAGGUUCUCAACGGGAACUGUGUAGCACUCACCUUCAAGCGCACACAUUACAACAAUAUAUUGAUCGCCAUAUAGCCUACUCCUUACUCACAAAGAGAAAAUUGAAAUAAUCAGGAUCAGUCAGAAAAGUUAGACAUAUUUUCAACAAGUGACACUUGCUCUUCGGUAUGGAAUCUACGGGGAAACCCAAAGAGGAGACCAAGGCUUUGUUCAACCGAAGUGUCUGGAGAUCUCAGAUUUUAUCUCUGGGGUGUUUGCCGACAGUCGCGUGCUUUAUUUUGUCGGUGAGUUCCGUCGCGAUUUGCUUUUUGACCAGCUUCAAAACAUCCCAGUUGGAGCACCGAGUGCACGCGCUGGAGAUGGAGAAAAGGUCAAUGCCCCAUCCGUCAGCCUCUGUUCUGAGCGAGGAAGGAACUGUACCAGCGCUGCGGGACACGAUUGAAAAGAUCAUCCAAGAGAGAAUUGCCGAGACCAUACCGAAGCUGCGCGCGGCAAGAGAUGUGGCGCAAGAGUGUUCGUGCCCGCCAGGCCCUCCAGGAAAGCGAGGCAGGGUAGGAAAACGAGGCGAUCCUGGAGAGAAGCCAGGAAGUGGGGCUUCUGGAGCGUCCCUGCAGUCCGUCACCGUCUGCUUCUCCGCUGCCUGUGCAUUCCUGUCCAAAUACACGGUGGCUGCAGUGCUGUGGCAGCAGACUGUGUUUGGCGUUCAGAGAGGAUGCACAGACAGUGAGGGAAUAACUGGCUCUCUGUUGCGGCUGAUGACAUUGGCUGCCCUGAUGGGGUCGAGCGAGGACACGCAAGCUCCAGCCAUGGCGACAUCUCCACGGCGACGCCACCACGGCGACACGCCUGGGCCAAACUCCAGCCUGCUCCACGGGCUGGACUUCCUGACCCAGCAGGAUUCUGGCUAUCCAGAUCUGUGUCUGUUUCCUUCCAAACCCUGA